UUCCUUUUUUUGGCUAGCUUGCUCUUUCCUUAGCUUCGACCGCCAUUAAAGCCCUCUUCUUCCUUCUCCAUAGCCAGCUAGCUAGCUUGAAGCAACAAAAUCUCUCUGAACCUUAGCUUCCAUCAUCAAUGGCUUGCUUAGAAGUCUCCAAGAAGGCGGUGUCGGGGAUGAAUGGUGAUGAUCGUGAAGGAGAGAGAACUAGGGAUGGAUCGGUGGACAUGCAUGGCCGGCCGGCUAUCCGUGACCGGACCGGAAAAUGGUUCGCCGGAAUGAUCAUUCUGCUGAAUCAAGGUCUAGCUACUCUGGCAUUCUUUGGUGUUGGGGUAAACUUGGUUCUGUUCCUGACAAGAGUGAUGGGAGAGAAAAAUGCUGAUGCAGCCAACAGUGUGAGCAAAUGGACUGGCACUGUUUACAUCUUCUCCCUUCUUGGUGCAUUUCUCAGUGAUUCAUAUUGGGGAAGAUACAAAACAUGUGCCAUUUUCCAGGUCAUCUAUGUCAUUGGAUUGGUGUUAUUAUCUGUGACAUCUCAACUCUACUUGCUGAAACCAAAAGGCUGUGGGGAUAAAGAAACCCAGUGUGGCUCCCAUUCAAGCUGGGUAAUUGGUAUGUUCUAUGUCUCAAUCUACUUGGUGGCUCUGGGAAAUGGAGGAUACCAGCCAAACAUUGCUACAUUCGGGGCAGAUCAAUUCGACGAUGAGAACCCGAGAGAGAAACACUCGAAAGUGUCGUUUUUCAGCUACUUCUACCUGGCCCUCAACCUUGGCUCACUCUUCUCCAACACCAUUCUGGACUUCUUUGAGGAUGAAGGGUUGUGGGCUCUGGGAUUUUGGGCUUCUACUGCUUCAGCUUUUGCUGCACUUGUGCUGUUUCUAGCUGGGACAACAAGGUACAGGCACUUCAAGCCUAAUGGCAAUCCCCUUUCCAGAUUCUGCCAAGUCAUUGUUGCCGCUUCGAAGAAAUGGAAGGUGCAGAUUCCUAGUGAAGAAGAAGAAUUGUAUGAAGGUGAUGAUGAAAAUGAGAAUUCAAGAAAGAUGCUCCACACUGAAGGUUUCAGAUUCUUGGACCGGGCAUCCGUGAUAACAUCAAAGGAAGCUGAGAACAAGAAGCAGAGCCCAUGGCGCCUCUGCCCAAUCUCCCAAGUGGAAGAGGUGAAGUGCAUUCUAAGGCUACUACCCAUCUGGCUAUGCACCAUAAUCUACUCCGUGGUUUUCACCCAAAUGGCCUCCCUAUUCGUAGAACAAGGCGACGCCAUGGAAACCAAAGUAGCAAACUUCAGAAUCCCCGCAGCAAGCAUGUCGAGCUUCGACAUCUGCAGCGUGGCGGUCUGCAUCUUCCUCUACAGACGCCUCCUUGACCCCCUAGUAGGCAAGAUAAAGAGGAGCAACAGUAAGGACACAGACAUUCACAACAACAACGUUGUCACGAACGGGGGGAUAACACAGCUGGAGAGGAUGGGGGUGGGGCUAAUCAUCGCCGUGAUGGCAAUGCUGGCAGCCGGGCUAGUCGAGUGCUACAGGCUCAAAUACGCCAUUAAAGAAUGCAGCAACUGCGAGGGCUCCAGCUCCUUGAGCAUCCUGUGGCAAAUCCCACAAUAUGCACUGAUAGGAGCCUCGGAGGUCUUCAUGUACGUGGGGCAGCUCGAGUUCUUCAACGCCCAGGCGCCCGACGGGCUCAAGAGCUUCGGCAGCGCCCUCUGCAUGACCUCCAUAUCUCUGGGGAACUACGUGAGCAGCUUGCUGGUGAGCAUUGUGAUGAAAUUUUCCGCUAAAGAUAGCAGCAUGCCGGGGUGGAUUCCGGGGAACCUUAACCGGGGGCAUCUUGAUAGGUUUUACUUUCUGCUUGCGGGUCUGACUUUGAUGGAUUUGGUGGCGUAUAUUGCGUGUGCUAAGUGGUAUAAGAGUGCCAGACUGGGGGAGAAGUUUGAAGAAGAGGAUGAGGAGAAAGGUGGUGAGGUAGCUUGAGGUGCGGGCAACGAAUUUUAGGUAGCUAGUAUAGGCUUAUAUAUAUUGUGGCCCUUAUGAAUAAGAGGAGACAUUUUAUUGGUGUCUCUGAAACUUUUGUACAGAACGAACUCCAUCUUCUCCUGCUUCCCUCCCUGCCCUUCUCACUGCCAUCUGUUAUACUGAGGUUCCACCAUCACUCCAAGAAAUGAAUUCCUAGAUUUAAUUUGUUUCACCUUUUGUUUUGA